UCUUCCUUCUCUUCUGCAUCUGAAAAGACGAAAAAUUGACGAUUCAAUUGAAUCGAUAGGAUAAUUGGUAUGGUUGAUGAUUAAUCGAAUUAAUUGAAGGUGACCAUGGAUAUAUCUUUUAUGGCUGCGACUGGAAAUGUUCAGUUGAUUGUGAAGGUUAAUAAUUCGGAAUGGAACAAAGAGGUCACACCUAAGAAAACAACAUCUAAGUCACCACAAGUGAGAAGAAGCUCAAGACUUGGAUGUGAUAAGAACCAAAGUGCAGGUGGUUGUAGUGCUAGAAAGUUGUUUGGACAUGGCAGUUCACAGCCUACUCAAACAAGUGUUGUUGGUGAUAAUGUGAGAGAAGGAUCAAGUAAUACACCAGUUGUAGAUGAUGAUUAUUUUGAUGAAGAACAUUGGUAUGAUGAGUUGGUAAUUCAAGUUGAGAACAAAGAAGUGGAUGAGUGCCAUCCUGUAGAAGAUCAUGAAGCUGUGGUUGCUUAUAAUACCGAUGAAGAUAAUGAAGAUACAAAGAAUGAUAAUUCAGGUGAUGACCAAGGUACAAGAAAAUUCAGGAUGAUGAUCUUCUCCACUGACCUUCAUCGAUGCCCACAAAGUCAAUUAUUUGGUUCGUUCCAUAUGUUCCGUACACUGGAAAAGUGCAUUACAGCCCAUAAAGAUUAGCAUCUUCCGGGAAACACAUUCCAGUCCCAGGAAGUAAACAGCUGCAGGAUAGUUGAUGGCAAAGGCCAUCAAAUGUGAAAGAUCUUCUGAAAACACAAAUUUCCGUAAAAAAAAAAAAAAAAGGGAAAAAAACCUACCUCCACCUGGACCAAUGAUAAAAAGGUUUUAGAAGGUUAAGUGCGUGCUUUUUGAGUCAGUUCUGUUGGAUAGUAUGUGUUCUCUGAGUCAGACGCUUAUACAAGGCAAAUAAAGCUAGAGGAAUCUUGGCAACUGCCUGGUCCUCAGUUAAAGUGACA